GGGUCGGCGGACUGGAAUUUUCGUGGAAUCUGCGAUGGAGACCCUGUCGCCGAAUUCCGAGGCGCGUGCCAUAGAGCACGCUCGCAGGGAAAAGGCCCAUGCAGAGGAGCUCAAGAGUCUAUGCUGUCAAGUCGACACCGACUUCUCGGGGAAGCUGACCAGGGACCAGUUUGA